AUGAAACAUCAUCUUGCUGGAACAAAGGAGAAUGUCAUUGCUUGUACAUCUGUUCCUGAUGAUGUUAGAGCAAUGUUUUUGAAGUUAUUAGAAGAUAAAGAAAAAAUAAAAGAAGCAAAUCGGGUAGACUGUUUUGAAGAAACAGAUAUUCAAUGUAGUAAGAAGGGAAAACAAGGAGUUGCAAAACAGACAACCAUAAAUGAAAUGUUUAAAGAUAGAGAGUUGGUGAUUCAAGAUAUUUGCAACUGCAUAUAUGGGAAUGCUUUGCCAUUUAAUUUGGUAAGAAGCUCCUUAUUUACCCAAAUGUUGAAAUAUGUUGGGGAAUAUGGAAAGGGUUUAAAGCCUCCAACUUAUCAUGAAGUUAGAGUAUCUUAUCUGAAAAAAGCGGUUGACAAUAUCCAAGCUAGUUUGGAGAAAUAUAAGGUUGAAUGGAAAAAAUGGGGAUGUACUUUGAUGUGUGAUGGUUGGACAGAUGGAAAAGGGAGGUCUCUUACCAACUUUUUAGUUAAUAGUCCAAGCGGAACAGUGUUCUUAAAAUCUGUUGAUACCAGUAAUCUGAUCAAGGAUGCUAAACAAAUGUUUGAAUUGUUAGAUUCUCUGAUUGAAGAAAUUGGGGAGGAUAAUGUCGUGCAAGUUGUGACAGAUGGUGCUUCUAAUUUUGUGGCAGCAGGAAAGAUGUUAGAAGAGAAGAGAACUAAACUAUUUUGGUCUCCGUGUGCAGCUCAUUGUCUUGACUUAAUUCUUGAAGACAUUGGUGAACUUCCAGUAUUUUACAAUACGAUUGCAAAUGCAAAAAAAGUCAUAACUUUCAUUUAUAGACACACAUGGGUCCUAAAUUUAUAUAGAAAAUAUUCUAAAGGAAAAGAAUUAGCUCGACCAGCAGUCACAAGAUUUGCAACUGCUUUUCUAACCCUUCAGUGUAUAGCACAACAGAAAAAUGCUCUUCGAGGUAUGUUUGUUUCAGAAGCAUGGACAACUAGUAAACAUGCUAGUAAGACUGAAGGUAAACAAGUAGUGAGCAUUGUUUUAUCUGAUGUUAGAUUUUGGAAAUCUAUUCAAUAUUGCCUGAAGUGUGUCACUUCACUUGUAAAAAUACUAAGGCUUGUGGAUGGAGACUCAAAACCUGCAAUGCCAUAUAUUUAUGAAGCUAUGGAUAGAGCUAAAGAGCAAAUAGCUGCAAAUUUCAAGAAUGAAGAAUCUCGUUAUAAAAAGGUGUGGAAAAUAAUUGAUACUCGUUGGAAUUUGCAGUUACAUAGACCUCUUCAUGCUGCUUACUACCUUAAUCCUAAAUUUCAUUAUGACAAAAACUUCAAUCCAGAUGAAGAGGUUUCAUAUGGUUUGUAUGAGACCAUAGAAAAAAUGAUCCCUGAUAGAAGGAUUAGAUUUCAACUUGAUCAACAACUUGAUAGAUUUAAGAAAGCCCAAGGAUUAUUUGGAAGAAGCAUGGCAAUUGACACUAGGGAUAAGAAGCAACCUGAUGAUGAGUGGAUUACUGAAAAAGAGGAUCCUUGUCUACCAAACGAUGUUUCAUGGAUGGAUAUACAUGAAUCUUUUACUCUUGAAGAGGGAGCUCCAAGCCAGAAAAGGAAGAGGGGUCCAAGAAACUUAAACAUAAAGGGAAAAUCUACUACACCAGCAAAUGAUGAUGGAAUUGAAGGGAUGGUUGAAGAAGUUGAGGAAGAGGAUGAAGAAGAUGAAGAUGAGUUGCCACAAAAUGUUAUAUUAGAUGAAGAAGAUGAUCUAAGUGAUAUUGAUCUUGGAGAUGAUGAAUGA